GAGAUCAUAUUCCUCGAGCACAUAAUCGCAACCAUGACCUCAACCAUGCCAUAAAAACGCAAACACCGGAUGGAAAAGAAAUAGCAUACUUUCUGCUUCCGUUUGAGAAGCAGAAGAAAGAAAGCAUAUAGUUCAACGCCUUGCAAGAUAAAGCUAUUGAAGUUGAAGGAGUGCAUAGGCUUUUCGGAUCAGAUUUAUGAUGACCAAGCAAGUAAUUAUGGGCUGUAGUAGACAGACAAUGAAGCAACUGCCAUGCAAGGCACAUUAAAUGGUGCAUAUAUUUCUUUUGUAUCGACAAUGAGAGAAAUGAUCUCGCAUGGUAUAAAAAUUUUGCUACAACUGAAAGCAGUAUGCUGAGGUUGAGGAGGAGAGUGCCGCAUCUUCACUUGAUAGCCAAGGGGCUGUCCUGUUCUUGCUCCUCUUCCUUACACCAUGCCACCCAUCUCCGGCCUAAUACACCACAGCAACUGCAACUACUAAAGCAGUUGGUCUCUCUCUUACAAAAACACUCAUGGAGCCGCCAAGCCACCCAACAAGUCCACUCUCACUUCAUUACCUCUGGCUUUCUACACAGCCAGCAGUCCACAUCCUAUAUCCUUCUCCUUGUUAACACUCUGCUCCGCUGCUAUUCCCUCGGCCAAUUCCCUCUAGAAGCUCUCCUGCUUUACAAAAACCUCAACUAUCUUUCCUUUGACAGCUUCACCUACACUUUCCUACUCCAUACCUGUGCUAACUUACACUCUAUCUUCUCAGGACUUCAACUCCAUGCUCUCGUCUUCAAAGUUGGUUUUCAGUCCCAAGUUUAUGUCCAAACUGCUUUGGUAUAUGCAUAUGCAGUUUGUGGGUCUUUAGUUGAAGCCAUGCAUGUGUUUGAUGAAAUGCCUAAGAGGAACACCGUAACCUGGAAUGUCAUGAUCUCCGGUUUGGCGAAAUGGGGUCAUCUCCAACUUUCUCGUUCUCUCUUCGAUCAGAUGCCUACUCGGACUGUUGUGUCAUGGACAGCUAUCAUUGAUGGGUACACACGCAUGAAUCGGCCCGAUGAAGCUUUGUCUUUAUUUCGAAGAAUGGCUAUUUAUGAAGGUAUAAAACCCAGUGAAAUCUCUCUCCUUGCCAUUUUUCCGGCUAUAUCAAUUGUGGGGGCCCUUAAAAUCUGCCAAUCGGUUCACACUUAUGGGGAGAAAAGAGGAUUUAAUAUAUCUAACAUACGCAUUACAAAUUCUCUCAUAGACUCGUAUGCAAAAUGUGGAUGCAUAAAGAGUGCAUCAAGAUUGUUCGAGGAUACGUCUGCCCAGAGAAAAAAUCUGGUGUCUUGGACAUCCAUAAUAUCUAGUUUUGCAAUGCACGGCAUGGGAAAAGAAGCUAUGGAGAGUUUUGAAAAGAUGGAGGAAGUUGGAAUGAAGCCGAAUCGGGUAACUUUCUUGAGUCUUUUAAAUGCCUGUAGUCAUGGCGGACUGGUCGAGGAGGGGCUAAAAUUUCUGAACAAGAUGCUAAAUAGUUAUCAAAUUGUGCCAGAUAUCAAGCACUAUGGGUGUUUAAUAGAUAUGUUGGGGAGAGCGGGGAGGUUAGAAGAAGCGGAGAAGAUGGCAUUGGGGAUACCUGUUGAGAUUCUUAAUGUGGUGAUUUGGAGGACACUAUUGGGUGCUUGUAGCUUUCACGAUAACGUUGAGAUGGGUGAGAGAGUCACCAGCAAGAUAUUGGAGAUGGAAAGAGAAUAUGGAGGGGACUAUGUGCUCAUGUCCAACAUCUUUGCAGGUGUGGGUAUGUUUGGAGAUGCUGAGAGGCUGAGAAAAUUGAUGGAUAAGAGAAAUAUCUUCAAAGUUCCAGGCCACAGUUUGGUCUGACUGAAGGUGAAGAUGUGGGGAUAUUUGGAGAUGCUGAGAAGCUGAGAAAAUUGAUGGAUAAGAGGAAUUUCUUCAAUAUUCCCAGCCACUAUUUGGUCUAACUGAAGGUAAAGAUGGAUGAUCACGUCUAGACAGAUUCUCCUAUAUCCAAAUGCUGCGGUGAUAAGUAAAUUGCUUGAUGUCAUGACAGAUAUCUCAUCCAGAGUGCUUUUGUGUCAUUGUAGACUGCCUCUCAUGGGGUCUCUUCUCUUAACCUUCUCUUUUUGAUUGGGUUAAUUUUGGGAAUCUGCAUAAAAAGAGUGUUGUUAUGAUUCUAUUUGCAGGAUGAAUUGGAUUUCUGCAAGAAACCGGAACCAAAAGGGCCUCACUCCUGGACUUGCUGAGGAUGAACUCUUUCAGAGGGAAUCUAUUUGAUUUUUCUUCACUUCCACUUUCAUGGAUCACUUUUAUUUUGUCUGGCUAUGGUGAGAACAAGUUCAAGGAUGAUCCAUAGCUAAAGCAACAAGACCAGAAGAACUUUGUCCAAAAUAAUUACAUGUGCUACAACACUAGCAAUCUAGUCCUAGUAACCAAUACCAAUUCC